AUGGUAAGGGUAUCGAUGAAAGGGAUGGGUGCGGUGCAUGCAGUGGCUCGGUGUUCAGUUCCCAAGGCGCAUGUGAAGUCCACUACGUUUCCUACGUUUGCGGGUGUGAGGUGGUACUCGUCGGUGGAUUGGGGACGGUGGGAGGUUUUUUCAGCAUCGUCUUCGUCAUCGGUGGGGAGUAAGGAGCAGAGGCCCACUGUGAUCAGUUCGGAUAGUGAUGAGGUUGAGACGGUGAGUGAGCACAUCAGGGUUUAG